GCGAGCGGCUCCGCGCGGACGGCAGCGCUUGUUGUGCAUGGUAGCUUCACUUAGCCUCCUCGUCUUCUAGCAUUUUCCACCUCAUAUCGUUUUAUAUUUGAUUGAAGACCAGGGGAAAAUAAUUGAGUUCCCCUAGUAAAAUAAAACGUGUUUGUGUAACACCAAACUGAAGAGAUGACAGGCUCAAAUGAAUACAAGCUGAACCAGGGACCCGAGGACAGCAUCUCCGCUGUCAAGUUCAGCCCCAGCACUGCCCAGUUCCUCCUCGUUUCUUCCUGGGACUGCACCGUCCGUCUCUAUGAUGUUGGCGGCAACACCAUGCGGAUGAAGUACCAGCACACAGCUCCAGUUCUCGACUGUGCUUUUUAUGACCCAUCGCAUUCUUGGAGUGGGGGUUUAGAUUCACAGUUAAAAACUCAUGAUUUGAACACAGAUCAAGAUACAAUAGUCGGAACACACGAUGCCCCAAUUCGUUGUGUGGAGUAUUGCCCAGAGGUUAAUGUCAUGGUAACGGGUAGCUGGGACAGAUCAGUUCGGCUGUGGGACCCACGGACACCAUGCAAUGCUGGCACCUUUACUCAACCUGAAAAGGUCUAUACCCUGUCUGUGGCUGGGGAUAGGCUGAUUGUCGGCACAGCUGGAAGACGAGUCCUCGUGUGGGAUUUGAGAAACAUGGGUUAUGUUCAGCAAAGAAGAGAGUCCAGUCUCAAAUAUCAGACACGCUCCAUUAGGGCUUUCCCCAACAAACAGGGAUAUGUCUUGAGUUCAAUCGAGGGACGUGUAGCUGUGGAGUAUCUGGACCCGAGCCAGGAGGUUCAGAAAAAGAAAUAUGCCUUCAAGUGCCACAGGCUGAAGGAGGAUGGAAUUGAGCAAGUUUACCCUGUUAAUGCCAUAUCAUUUCACAGUGUUCACAAUACCUUUGCCACAGGUGGCUCAGAUGGCUUUGUGAACAUCUGGGACCCAUUCAACAAGAAACGCCUGUGUCAGUUCCAUCGGUACCCGACCAGCAUUGCAUCACUGGCUUUCAGUAACGAUGGCACCAUGCUCGCAAUCGCCGCCUCCUACAUGCAAGAGAAAGGAGACAUCAGCCACCCAGAAGAUGCCAUCUUCAUCCGUCAAGUGACAGAUGCUGAGACAAAGCCCAAGUCUACCUAAGUGCACCGUGGAAAGGUUUCCUCUGCUCAUGGCGCCUUCGUGUCGGGUUUAUCUGCUGGCAUCCAGUGUACUAUUACAUUAUUCUAUACUGUUAUCUCCAUUCCAGUCCUACAGUUUUAACUUGUCAUGUUUGUCAUACUUUACUUCUUUUCUGCUUCAUGUUAAAUAUUUUUUUGUUUUGUGUGUUGGCUUGAAUUUUCUUGACUAAAGCUGAUUCAAAUACACCUAUUUCUUCUUGUUUUGGUGUUUGAAGUUGUAUUUCACAACUGGUGUCCUCUGAUCAGUGUCAAUACUGAUAGACAACUGAAUUUGACACUUUUAAUAAAAAAUAAAUA